GCGGGGCCGCCGCUGCCGCGGCCGUGAGCCUGCGUGUGGGACUGCCGCGCUGGUGGCGCCGGGCCGCCGCCAUGGCGCAGCACGGGCCCAGCGUCACGCUGGCCCUCACGCUGCCCAUCACCUGCCACAUCUGCCUGGGCAAGGUCCGUCACCCAGUCAUCUGUGUCAACAACCACGUGUUCUGCUCCAUUUGUAUUGAAGUGUGGCUGAAGAACAAUAAUCAGUGCCCAGCUUGCAGGAUUCCCAUCACACCUGAAAAUCCUUGCAAGGAAAUUAUAGGAGGAACGAGUGAAAGUGAUCCUGUAUUUAGUCCAACAGUCAGAAAACACCUACGUAAAGCAAGGCUUGAAUUGCUCCACAAAGAGUAUGAGGAUGAAAUAGAAUCGUUGCAAAAGGAAGUGGAAUAUCUGAAAGGUAAAAACCUAGGUUUACAGAUACAGCUGAAAUCUCUUCUGGAUCCUACAGCAUCAGCUUUGUCUUGCCAAAAUGAGAAAACUAGCCAGUCAGCAAAUGAAGCAAGCACCAGUGGCCCAGAAACCCCAGAGGAAUGGAGUAAAAAGUUGAAAACCGCCCAUGAUGUAUAUGAAAAAGUGAUGGAUAAUGUGGAAAAGCUAAAAGAGGCAAAUAAGAAACUGAGCAUGGAAAACAAUAGCCUUUUAAGAGAGAAUUUGCGCCUAAAAGCUGAAGUUGAUAGUAGAUCACCCCAAAAGUUUAGUAGGUUUACAGUAGCUGCACUUCAGAGCAGAGUAGAACAAAGUGAACGUGAAAUCGGCCGUCUGAGAAAGGCAUUGGAAAGAAGUGACAAAUACAUUGAAGAGAUGGAGUAUCAACUGCUCCAGCUGAAAAAUGCAGGGGAAGGAGCCCAGGCAGGAGGCGCGCCCGGCGAGACAACGCUUCCCACGGACACUGAAGGAGCUGAAAGCGGUGAGGAUACAACAUGCCUGAAAACCCAAGCUGAGAAGAAAAAAGCUUUGACUAGCAGUCAAAGCCCUGACAGUCUCGAGCGGCUAAAAAGUGGGGCAACUUGUUCCGGCUCUACCAGUCAAGGCAGUUCAGAUGGCUCAAAUACUCAGUGCCCCCCAAAGAAAGAACUGUUUCCACGAUGUCCUGGGGUUCUCCUGGAUGAAAAUGCUACAAAUAUGGAUGCCUGCUUAGAGGAGCAGUGGAAUAAAAUUGAGCAAUGUACCUCAUACAAGGACGAAGAACUUUACGACCUUCCACCACCAUGCACUCCUUUUCUGUCUCUCAGUCGCCUUCGGUUGACCACUCCUGAGGGAAAAGAAAGUGCAAGGAAACCAUCCCCGUUCCUGAGAAAACUGAAGUGUGAGGAGUUUUGUGACACACCAGAUAACUGUAGCAAAGCGUCUCCAGAGCACAGCACAGGCAACUGUAAUAGCAAAAAGAAGUUAAACUGUUUUGCUACAGGAAAAUCAGGGUUUUGGGAGACAUGCCAAACAGAUUUUGCUGAGAACUUAGAUUUUGAUGGAUCGGAGCACAGUUCAGUAGCUGGUCAGUCAGAUGAGCCACCAGCAAAGUCCAGUGAUAAAACAAGUUCCUGCUUACCUAAAAGGUUACAUAGUCUCUGCUCUUCUGAGAUGAAUCGCACAAGAACCUCCAGUGAGGCAUCUAUGGAUGCUGCCUACCUGGAUAAAAUCUCUGAGCUGGACUCAAUGAUGUCCGAAUCAGACAACAGCAAGAGUCCAUGCUAUAACUUCAAGUCCCCUGAUCUAGAUAGUUCUUCAAAGUCAGCAGAGCCCUCUAAGCUACUGCAUGAAACUGAGAAGAAAGUAGAAGAGAUGAAAGAAGAACAAAGUAUCAAGUGUGCAGAGACAAGCGAUCUAGCAGUUGACAGAGCUGGGUGGAAGCCUGUUACAUUUUCCAUCCUCUCCCCGUCUGAGCAAGAUAGGAAUGACCACUUUCCACUGUUUACAGGCCAAAACUUAGGGGCUGGUGAUACCAAACCUCCAAACUGUUUAUUUCAGAGAGACUUUUCCCAGAGUUUGCUCUUCAGUAACUCACAAAGGUCGUCUGAGGAACAAAAAUUUGGUUCCUGCUUUUUAAAGACGUCAUCUGACCUGCAAAAUCAGCUUAAUCCUCCUUGGCUGUCUUCCUUUGUAGCUGAAAGAAAAAACAAAAACAUCAGUCAGUCGACCAAGAGGAAAAUUCAGAACUGCCUUUCCAGUGCUAGCCCCUCAAAAACCACCAAAAACUGACUCUGCUUGGAAAUGGAACAUGACUCAAAGGCUUCAACCUGCAAAUGUUUAAUAUUUACAGGUGAACUUAAUUUUUAAUGACUUCCAUGCAAUCUGAUCCUGUCUUGUGCGACUGUGUGAAAACUGAAUGUUCCCUUGCCCAUUACAAACGCUUUCCUAGGGAAGGGCCAUUCCAGAGGCUUUCUUUGGCUGGGCUUUUUUUUACUUGGGGGCUCGGGGGGGUUUUGUUGUUGUUUUCAGGUUAUGUGAUCUUCCAAUGGUGACCAGAGCUAAUUGCUCCCUUGAACAGGACGGGUUUAAGUGGUCUUGUCAAAUAAGUCAUGUAUGUAGAAAUGUGUUUUAAAGGUUCUGUUUCUCAUUCCUGAAGAUUACAUUUUGUGCUUGUAAGGCAGCUAGUAGCUGUAUGUCCUAUGGAUUCAUUAAAUUGCUAUAAAACAGUGUCAGUUUUGCCAUAAGACUUGCCUCCCAGAGGAAACGUUGGUGCUCAAACUGUUUCAUAGCACUGUACUAAAACUUGGGUUAUGUGGGUGUAAGGUAAAGAGCUUUUUUUUUUCAGUUACAGCAUUUCACUUAGAAAGUGACUCUUUAACACUCCAGACAUAGCUCCUAUUCCUUGAUUUCACUUAGAAAGUGUCUCCAACACUCCAGACAUAGCUCCUAUUCCUUGAUUUCACUUGGAAAGUGUCUCCAACACUCCAGACAUAGCUUUUAUUCCUUGAAGUCAGGCAGAGUUUUUAAUUUCAUUCCCCAAAAGCAUUAUUAUUCCAAAGGUGUUCAGUAUGCCUGGAUAGACCAUAAAAAUGGGUUUGUAUGCUAAUGGCUUGUUUACCUAAUGUGCACUGAACAUUUUACAUUAAUACUGUACCAUUUUGCAUUAAUACUGCAUGCUUUUCUAUGUGAAUUGAAUAAAACAUGGUAUCAGCAGUGUAA